UUAUGUAUUCUUUAUGUAUUUGGGGGUGGUUUUAGUUUUAUAUAAUGAUAUAAAAACAUCAUGAGAGUAAUGGCAAAGCGGGAUCAUAUAAACAGCCCCUUAUUCAGCCAAUUGUGCAUGCUGCCUUUGAUCCCUUGGGGGUGAGGCAGCACUUUCCUUGCGAUAGUAACUUCUAGUUUAAUAAUAUAGACAUUUCAAAAUUCAAAUGUUUCAAUUCAAUCAAAACACGAAACGCCUGCGAACAGGCUAUGAUGUUUACAAUAUCCAAUCAGAACACGUAGUCUAUCGAACCUAUAGUCAGCAACCAAUCAACUUCUAGGUUCCAAUUUUGAAAGUUAUGUGUGGAAUGUGACCCCAAAAACCCAGCCAAUUUCACCAGAGGGUUAUUCAAAACAGGCGAAAAUAAAUACCCUCUGGUUCCAGGGUACUUCCGGACAAGAAGUCGAUUACCCAAUUAAUAACGGAUGGAUUUAUAUCCAAUUUGCGCAUCUUUGUGAUUAAUAUCUUAUAGACAGUUUAAUCCGAUCGAAAGCCUUGCUGAAGUCAAUCUCGUACCCAGAGCCAACGAUGGCUCUGGGUACGAGAUUGUGCUGAAGUCAAGUAGGAAUAAACGCAUAGGGAGUGGUGUAAGCUAAUUAAGCAUAGGGAGUGGUGUAAGCUAAUUAAGGCAUCAACUGGGGAAGAACCGUGAAUUGCUCCAAAUUUUUGGAUCGAGUUGCUGGAUUGAAUAUCUUACUCUGAUAUUUUCUUUGGGGGGAGGGGAGGGGGGUAAGCCCCUGCAAAUUUAAAUAUCUAUAUUUUUAAAAUAUUUAAAUUUUGAUACCAGACUUCCUCUGCAGACUUCAAUGCGCGGUUAAAUUCAAGAUGGCGGCCAAUUCGUAUUAAAAAAUAGGCAAAUAGCAUUGUUGACGAUUUAUUUUAGACGUUGAAUGAAAGGGACUCGUGUAGUGUGAUACUUUAAAGUAACUUUUAGACAGUGAGGAAAACAGUGGUUAUAGUGAUGGAAGAACUGGAGCAGUUGGAAAGGCUCUCUCUUGUCUCAAAAAUUUGCACUGAGUUGGAAAAUCAUCUGGGCAUCAAUGAUAAGGACCUUGGUAGGUGAUAAUUUAAAUCGAGUACCUAUUCAAUCAAUAAAAUUUAGGUAUUUUGUUAUUUUAACACCAUAAAAUGUGUUGCUUUAUGGCUCAGUAUAUACUUUUAUAUGGACAAACCGUAUAGUCAGAAGCCUCGUACAGACGGGCAAUAUUUUGUUGAUAAAUUUUCCUUGCCAAGUUUUAUUUGCUCACGUGUACAGCAAAUAAUUGACAGUUUUCUUUGCCAAAGAGUCUUGUUCAUGUCAGCACAUGCUAGUCAUACUAGCUUUUGUACAAGGAAAAUUUGUGUUUACGGCCAUGGGCCACCAAGGAAUUAUUUGAGUAUACAAGAAAUACUUCUAAUAUUUUGGCAAACAAAAAUUGGCCUUGAUGUGAGAUAAAUGUUUAACAACACAAGCAACAAAACUUGGCAAGGAAAAUUUGUUGACCAUACACACAAAAACCAGGGGUGUAGCUAGUGGGGGGGUGUAACAGCCCCCAUUCACAGCAAAUGUCUGCUAGACACAGCAAAUGUCUGCUAGACAUGGCACGGCAAAUGUCUGCUAGACACGGCAAAUUGUUUUCAUAGUCAGCGAAAAUAUUUGAGUGGCUCGGAAGGCCUAAAAAAAUACCUGUGGUUCCAGUUUCAUAUCACAGGUAUUUCUUUUAGGCCUAAUAGUUAUAGCAAAAAUUUUGCUAAAUUUACGAAAAUUGGGGAAAAAGUUAACAAAUUACGAUAUGUCUGGGAAAAAUUUUCAUAAGUCCGGAAAAAUUACGAUGUGUCCGGAAAAUUGUUGUAUGUGUGAAAAAAAUUUUUGGGAAAAAAUAUUAAUUAGUGACUGAACUGUUGUUGGCAAAUGCGAUACUACACCCUCCUCUUCUUAAUCCUCUUUGCUACAGCCCUGACAGAAAGUAAAUAAUAAAUUUGUCAAGGAAAACGUGCUUGUCUGUACUGGGCUUCAAUAAGCGAUUCUGACCAAACUUGGGUAAGAAAAGAAUGGUUGUUCAAGAUAGUUUUGCGUCAAUACAUUUACCAUUUAUGGACCUGGAGCGUGGGGGUUCAGCGAAAUUAUUACCCAAAAUAUAAUUGCCGGCCAUCUUUGCAUGAUCGUUGUCAGCAUGGUUUAUGCAAAUCAUGUCACCCGGCCAGUGACACGAUCAAACUAAUUGCCAUGUGAUAUAAUUCAAGUCACUUAUGUCAAAUACGAUGACAUAAGGUGCAAUUCCAUCAAUGAUAAAUUUUAUGCUCACCUAGCACAAACUUAGCUUUCUGAUUGGUAUAAUUUAAGGUAUAAUAUUAUUUAUAAUAUACACAGCUGCCUGCAAAUUUUCCGCCGCUUGUAAACACGGAAAUUUUUCUUAUCCUUCGGGCUUUUGACAUUGGUCAUCGGACAUUGUCACUUUGCCAAAUUUUACAUUUUGUCCGGUCACAGGCCUGCAAAUUAGUGCCGGUCAUCGGACAUUGUCCUGCCAAAUUUUACAUUUUGUCCGGUCAAAGCUUUGUAUGACUGGACAUGUGACUGACAGAUUUAGGCUCAUGGUCAAAUCUCCUAUCUAAAAAAAUGGUUUAUUUAGCACAUUUUUUAUUAAUGAAACCAAGAAAGAAAGCAAUAUAGACAGCACUUCUCCAAGUUCUCCACUAUUUCUUGCUGCAUUAAGAUCUAAUUAUAAUUAAAAUCUAAAGUUAUAUGUAUAACCUGAACUAUAAUUUAUACUCAUGAUGCAUUAGAACUAGUAGAUAUAUGCUCAGUUUUAGAUGCAUUGCACUGCGGACUAACAUGACCAGGCAAAAAACAUGCUAAUUUUAAAAAAUAUGAAAAAAUUUUACUUUGUUGUCCGAGAAAAAUUUAUAAAUGUCCGACCAAUGUUUGAAUUGGCCAGACAUUUGUCCUUGCAGGCCUGAAAUACCAUUUAUCAUUUGUAUAGAUGCAAACAGUAGGAUCAUGCGUCGAUGUUACUGUGAACUACUUUUUAGUACUUGCAUUAUGCUUAGCUGGAUUUAGGCAAGGCAUGAGAAAGUCCAGCAGCAUGCUGCCAGGAAAUUUUCUUAAUUUCACAGGAAAUUUUUCAGGAAAAGCAAGAUAUCAAGAAUGAAGCUCGAGAAUUUCAAAAAUCAGCAUUAAAUUAACAAACAUCACAAUUAGAGCAUAAAUACAACAAUCAUAACAUAAAAAAUUGUAUCAUGUGGCAGUGCUACGACUGUCUGUUAUCAUGAUUCAUGUUUAUGAUACAUGUGAUGUGGAAAACAAGGUGUACUACUAUUAUUGAAUAGUGCAUGCAUACUGAUAUAAAUUCAGAUUUACAAUCUGAAAAAAGAAUUCAUAAUAUAUUGUUUCAUAGAAUUCCUUCAUGUUCCUAAUUCUAGUAAACCUAUAUUUUUCUUAAUAUUGAGGUAGUAUACUAGUAUAUGACUUAUUAAGGUAGUAUAUACGACACUGUUAUUGAAUUACAACCAAAAUUCAUAUUUAUAAAAAAAAAAUUAGCAGGAAAUUUUAGGUCUGGGAAGCCUGCUGCCAGGAAGAAAAAUAUUUUAUCAAUGCUUGGAUUUAGGUAUAGCAAAUAUGAUCGGGUCUGCUUGCUGCUUGCUUCUCAACUACAAUUGACCAAGACUUCAUGCAAUACUGAAAUAAAACUUGACCAAAAUCUCCUGAAAAUACAUACUGUACGCCCGAUAUAUAUGUGUGAUAUUAGGUUUUAAGGUCCAGACACACCGGGCACGAUUCGACAACGCGACGCGAUUUCAGUUUUUGAGAGCAAAUUUUGAAUGAUACUGUAUGUAGACCAAAUAACUCCAAAUGUUAUAGCGCUUCUAAAUAUUUGGAAAAUUUAAACUAGGAUCAAAGUUAUCGGUCAGUGAAAAUCGAAAAAUCGCGUCACGUUGUCGAAUUGCAUCCGGUGUGUCUGGACCUUUACUGUAUUUUAUUCCAGCUUUGAAAGUUCCAUCAGCCUGCGCAGAUAUGCAGGGUGUUCGCUACAGUCAAAAAUUCAACGCGGUUUUCCCAAUUACCUUGAGGUCGCAAUUUCCCAAUUUGGGUCAGCCAAAAAUAGUUAUAGAAAUUCAAUGUUGUUAAUACGCCAUUAAAAACAUGUUUAUAACUACAUUUGCUCAAAAUUACUCCCAAAAUGCGGGAAAUGCCAUUUCAAAGACACAAAAAUUUUAAAAAUCGAGAGGGCAACCGCGUGCCCCCAGACCCACAAAGAAAUGCCCGGCUUCAGGUUAAAAUAAAUUUCCCAAUUUCAGGUGAACGCGGAUUUCUUUUUACUUCUGGCUAACACCCUGAUAUAUAUCAGGCCAAUUGAAAACAAAUAUAAAACAUUUUUUCCGUAUUGAUAUACAGUUAUAUCAACACCCGUGGAAAUUGGGAAAACUCGAAAUUGUAUGAAAACACGGAAGAGAUUAUUUCGCUGGCCUCAGAGUCAGAGUGACAAAACGUAACAAAGCAACGGGUUUACUAACACUAACCCUACUCCAAACAACAGCGCCCUGCCUAACCCUACUCCAAAUUUGUUUCUAAACCAAUCUUGAAGAAAAAAGAUUUGACGAAAUGUCAUUCUGAGGUCGGCGAAAUAAUUGAUGCCUGAAAACACUCCGCCCUUCGGGCGUCGUGUUUCCACACAAUUUCUCGUUUUCCCAAUUUCCACUUUCCCAAUUUCCACAUUCCCAAUUUCAACCGUAUAUCAACACGGAAAAUGUUUUAUAUUUGUUAAUAAGUACACACGUAUUGUUGGGUGCAGACCUUAAUGAUUGGCAGACAUAGCUGACAUACAUGUAUGCAAACGAAAAUGCCCUAAAUAUUAACAUAUAUGGUGUGUUCCAUUCAUGUUUUAAAAGUUUAAAAGUACACUGAAGCCUGAAGGCAUGUCUUAUUUUUUACCAUUAGUUGAGGGUCGUCCACACCAAUGUUUUCGGAGUUUUGACUGGCCACAAUAGCAAUUGGAAAACGAUUUUUUAGUAUUUUCGAUACUUAUUUAUUCAUUGUAUUAUGCAAAAUCUUACAAUAAAACCAGGAACAUUUUUGCAGAGGAAGAGAGAAAUUCAUCGACUUCAUUCUAUUACUUGCUGAUAAUAGAGCUUCUAAUGACUUUCCGAUUUCUGACCAGGAUAAAUUUAAAACAACCUAAGACAUAGUGUAGAGCAUUAUGUUUUUUUUGCUUUUUUGCGAGACAAGUAAUUCAUCUGAAAUUAGAAUUGAAACAACCUUUUUAAAAACCUUUGUUUUCACCUGGCCACACCAAUACGCCUCAAUUUUCAAAAGUCUCAAUUUUCAAAGCCUUUUUUGAAAAGCUCUGAUUUCAUUGAUGAAGAUAUCUGUUUCCCAUCGUAUUGUUGUCAACGGUCGGUGAAAAUGCAUAAAAUGUAUGUAUGUGUUUUGAAUUGAAAAAGGAUUUGUGUGGAAGGUCCUGAGACAUAAAUAUGUUGUGAUUAUUUAGCUGAGUUCAUUAUCAUGCUUGGAGAAACCAACGAAACACUGGGAAAGUUUAAAGCAGCACUCAAACAAAAUGGAGCAGAAUUUCCUGUAAGUGCGUUUUUAUUGUAAGUGAAGAAUUGAAAUGUUGCUUAAACAAUAACCCUAUAUAACAGCCAUACAGUAUGGACGAAAAAUAAUGGAUUCCUUUGAAAAAAUAAUGGAAAAUUUGACCAUCCGCUUCUAUAACUGAAUUAAACAGUCCACAGUUUGACGUUUGGACAUUUUUUGAGUCGGGAAACAUCAAGUGGUAACAAGGAUUUUUGAUCAUGUGACCCUGAUACCCUUUAAUAAACAAAUUAGCUUAGUUUACACAGUAUAACUAAGCCAAAAAGGGUCAGAGACACAAUAUGUUAAUUGGCGACCAAGUUAAGCCCCAUUACCCAUUGACAAACAAUAUAGAUUUAAUAUAUCAUAUAUAAUUUAAGUACAAUGUUUUAUGGAUUAUCUUCUAGGAUUCAUUUUCCGCCAAUCUCCUGCGUCUUAUCCAACAAAUGAAACCAACAUCAGCAGCAAAAUCUGAGAACAAUGGUGAGUCAUUCUGUCAUUGCGUGAUACAUGUACAUUAAUGCGAAAUUUCCGUGCAUGAAAUGACUUUGAUCUAGACUAUAAUGGCCAUGAAGUGGCCACAAUACGUACCCUGUGGAAACGGAGAUGACAGCAAAUUUAUGAAAUCAUACGUUAUGUACGACCUCCGUAUAAUUAGGUCAUCAAUAUCACAAUAAAGGGCUCUAAAUCAGAUACAUGUAUCUAGUAAAGUACAUUCUGAAAGGGUCUAUUGUGUUAGCCAGCAGGAUUAAAAGAUCAACUAUAUGAUAUUAAUAUUGUAAUGGAUGUAUUUAUACCAUACUUUAAAAUCAAAAUACAUAUUCAGUUCAUAUUCAAGGAGUUUGAUAAUUUUAUGUACAUUAAUUAUGCUAUCAUGGUUAUUGAAUAAUUAUAGUAGACGAUGAUGAUGCCGAAGUUGAUGAAGAGUUGUCAAAGAAGAGAGAAAAGUUUCGUGGUCUUUGUUUGCCUGACGAAGAAGCACAAUUAGUAAGUUUACAAUACUGUAGUGCUGUUACUGUUAUAGUAGAAUGUCACACAGAUGCGGCAUUGAAUAAAUCUUAACAUGUCCAAUGUGGUUAAUGUCUAAGAAGGUGGUAUACUGGUAUGUUAAAGUUCUUAGUUGACGGCCAAUAGAUCGAGUGCUAGUGGUAGCAGAGAAAUAAAAAAACCACUGUCGCGUUUGUCAUUUGAUCGCAUCGACAAUACUACCUCCUCGUAUUUUUUUUCAAUGGGAAAGAAAGUUAUCACGUUAUGCACGGGCUGUUUUGUUGAUUCGAUUAUUGUGAAGAAUAAUCGAUUGCCAAAAAAGAAUAAUCGAUUGCCAAAAAAGAAUAAUCGAUUGCCAAAAAAGAAUAAUAGAUUGCCAAAAAAGAAUAAUCGAUUGCCAAAAAAGAAUAAUAGAUUGCCAAAAAAGAAUAAUCGAUCGCCAAAAAAGAAUAAUCGAUUGCCAAAAAAAGAAUAAUCGAUUGCCAAAAAAAAAAUAAUAGAUUUCCUUAAAAGAAUAAUCGAUUGCCAAAAAAGAAUAAUAGAUUGCUAAAAAAGAAUAAUCGACUGCUAAAAAAGAAUAAUCGAUUGCCCAAAAAGAAUAAUCGAUUGCCAAAAAAGAAUAAUCCACUGCCAAAAAAGGAAGCAGCUCUAUACUGUUCAUGUAUGUCAUUUGUCCAUGCCAUUUAUAAUUCAAAUUUUCAAGUGUAGUAUUUCCCCAUAAUUAAUCUGACAAUCUUUUUUAUUUUCUUGGAGGAGGAAGAAGAGAAAGCGGAAGAUAAAGAUGAAGCGGUUGUUACGCAAGCAAUGGGAGAGGUACGCAUCUUAGUUUAUUCUGGUGUGGUUUUGAACAGGGUGCGAUAAUCCACGAUUUUUAGUCGUAUCUGACUGGUACGCCAAUGAUUAUUGCCGCGUUCUUGCGCUAGAAUAAACUCAAUACUCAAUGUGUACUUAGUCUUUAUACAAAAAGUAAAUAAAGAACAAGUUUCCGAAAAGUAUAUUCAAACUACUAUACAAUCGACCUCAACAUGCCUUAGUGCUGUCAGUCCAAUCACGUUUCAUGCCAAGACAUGUCAGACUUACACAUAUUAAGGUGAUAUUGUGACAAAAGUUAAGUACGCAGAUAGCAAGAGUACCGCGUACCUACGUGGUACGUGGCUGGAAAUAAAGAAGAACCAGACCGUAAUAUUGGCGUACCUCCGGUAUGCAAGUACUCGAAUUAUCGCACCCUGGAUAUGAAGGUAGAAUGUCAAGCUCCAAAGACAACUGUUGCAAUCAACUGUGAAAUGUUUAUAUUAUAGCUGGAAGCACUGAUGGCUAAAGCAAAAGAAGAUGAAAGCAAAUCAAAAAGGUACAGUGUAUAUUUACAAUCUCGAAUGCUCGAUCCCAAUACAGGUAGCGAAGAAUACAAACUGCGAACAUGUGUAGAAUGUAUAUUUUUCAGGUAGUUGCAUCAAUUCAGGGCUCAUCAAACUUAUUUAGUGCCUGCGAGCGAACUUAACUUCGUAAUGGAGACAGUUAGUCCUGGAGACAAACAUUUAUUUCUACAAGGUGUUUGAAAUCAUGUUAUUUAAUUCCUUGACAUCUGUCCAUGCGAAGUCUGCGGAAUAGAGAGCAUGGGGAACUUAAGAUAAAGAGUAAAAAGUUUUAAUUCAAGAGAGUAAUACAUAGUCCUGAUACAGUACAUGCAUUAUUCCAUAAUUCUAUUAUAACGAAGUGUGACAUGCUCGACUUAGGUUUUUACUCUAGAAUACAAAAUUGUAACAUUUGACUCCAAAAGAGAAACCAUACGACGCAGCUCCAUCCAAUCUGCCCAAGACCUUUGAACAAGGAACUCAAUGACUUGCAUGCCAUAUGUUUGUACUGUAGUACUCUACUUACAGUAGGCAGUUAGGUGCAGAACGUCAAUUACAGCACGGAUUACAAUACCUGAUUAACCAGGUGACUGUUUCCCUGUGUACGUGCAGUACAUGAGAAAUAUGUGGAUUAUUUUGCAGUAAGAAAACAGAACGUGAGAGCAGUCGCAGUCCACGUAGACACCGAAGACGAUCUCGGAGUAGAAGUAAAGAACGAAGGAGCAGACGGUAAGAAAAUCUGCCUUGAGUAAAUUAUUGCAAUUCUCGAAGGACAACAUUUCGCCAUUUCAACCUAUAGUGCCUCCACCACAGUUGAUUCAAUCUUGCCACAUACAGUAGGGCCAAUUCAUAUGAGCUGAGUUGUCCGGGAAUCUCAACUAAGUGGAAUGAAUUAUUUCUGUGAUCGCGUAAUUAGUCCUCUAUUAACUAUGGCCCAUCUAAUAUCCCAUCGGUAGGAUCAACUUUCAAAAACAUGCCGCCUUCGUACAGAUGCGGUAUAUCUCACCCCGAAGCGCGAGAUGAACACACAAUCAUGAUUUUUAUCAUCAUUAACAAUGACAUGCGGAUCUCACUCAAAAACGUUAGCCGGUUAGCUGGGCUCAUAUGAACACGCCCUUACAUGACAAAUUCAUGCAUUCGAGGUACGACCUAACGAGUUUGCACGAUAUACUACCGCUAGGGCUGGACCAACGGGUUCUUCGAAAGCCUUUUAAUAACCUGAGUUAACGAAAUGCUUCGAAAGUUCCAAAGACUGUUAAUAAACUUCAAGAUUUUUUUUUCAAGAAAUGAUGUCUGAAUCAAUAAAAAUCUUAUUUACUGCAGUUUUGAAAUAACCAUACAGUACGUGCGAAAUACACAAACCAUAACAGCGAGUUAAAUGUUAAGCCAGGAUUAGCGCUAAUUGAGCGUUGGAAAACUGGCCCCUGUGGGGGAUAGGAACGUCAUACCAUCAGACUAUGGUUACGUAUAUAGAUGCGCGAGGUUUCUAGGCGAAAGGUCAAUGCCUGUGCCUGGCCUGCGUAGCAUGGAUGACAGAGGUUGAGAUCCUAGGUGAAGGCGUUACCUGCAUGUGACUGGAGCUAACUGCAAACCUGCAUGGGUCAGAAGGUCUUGUGCACUGCUUGUACAGUAUAGCAGAAAAUGUUUGUCUUUUCCAGAAUCAUUUUGCAAUAUUUACUGAACAGUAUUAUUUUGCAAUAUUUAAUAGUUGACUUUCUCAGGCCCUUUUUCCCAGGCGGCCCGUCGCAACUCGAAAGCUGUAGCCUAGUAUACGCGGUCCCAAACUCCUCCGGCUGCGAGUACAAAUUAUUUUGUGUUACCUGCAAAAAAGUAAAUAUACAGGCAUGCUGCGUACCUGGCGGUUUUAAGGGGUUGCGGUUUGAAUCCCGCGCCUAAACCCAACCCCUUAAAAUCGCCAGUUACAUGCAUAGACUACCUGGGCCUGGGUAUAUGAGAUGUAAAUAACAUCGGCAUUGUUUGAAUUUACCAAAUUUUUGUUUGAUUUGUAUAUAUUGUGUACUAGAUCGAGAUCUCGAAGUCAUGAAAGAGAUCGGGACAGAAGAAGACGUAGAUCAAGAAGUACGGAGAGAAGAAGAGGAGAUGAUGAUCGAUCUAGCAGGAAAGAAAAGAGAAGUGAAGGAAGAUACGGAGGAUCAUCUCGAGUAGAGAAACCUCUACCUGACAAACCUACUGUUAACCAGGUAACACCGCAGUAUACAUAGUUUUAAUAACGUCAAUUUGAUCAUAGGUUUAAAUUCUCUUAGAAUAUGAGUAAUUUGCUAAGGAUUAUUGUGCAGCACAUGUUGAUCACCAGGCAGUAAUCAAAGUAAGAGAAUAAUGUUAUUUCCAUAUCGUUCUAAUUAAUGUGGCGUUCUUUUAUUUGGAAGCAAUAAACUUCAUACUAUCACUGUCAACAGCUCUGAAGAUGCUACACAGUAGCACUCUCUGUAUAGGAGAUGAAAUUUUAAAAGAUUUUUAGUCGCCCAAGUGGCGGCUACCAUGCAGUCAAUAAACUAAGGUCGCCAAAUUUGAUAUCAAUGUGUUAUAACAUUUGUACAGCACAUACUGGAUAACUUAAGAAAAACAUUUGUUUAAUAUGUUGGGAAAUUUUAUGAAAUGUUUGAAGUUUGAACACCAAGAUAUUUAAAGGCUUUAGAAUUUCUUUAAAAUUUUAAGUUUUUUUUCUCAGUUGCCACGAGGAAAAUGUCAUUGGUCACCAGAUUGGCCACCAGAAAGUUUGCCGUAUUGGCGACCUAGGGCCCUCAUUUCAACCCCUGAACCUGUUUGUGAACCUUGCAUUGAAUAUGGGUUUCUUAAACCUAUUCUGACGGCAAAUAACAGUAAUAGCAGUGUCAUGUUAAAACAGGAUAUCCAGUAAGAGAACUUGCGUCACUGAGGAAAAACACAUACAUGCACUAAACAUAGUGUCACAACGCCCCCACUACUCUAUAGGUAGUACAGGAUCAAAUAACAAAACACUUUAGGACAGGUCGAAAUAUGGGUUGCGACAAACGAGUCUUUUUAAAAUGCAUAUUUCUUAUUUGCAUAUUUCGUAGAUUUACGAUGGAAGAGUUACAGGAAUCAUGCAGUUUGGUUGCUUUGCUCAGCUGGAGGGACUUCGUGGAAGAAAUGAGGGGCUUGUUCACAUCUCAGAGGUACAGAACAAUUAUGGUUGACUAAAGAUUAUAUAUAAUGCCUGCAUGGCUUACAGAGCAUUUUUAAUAGAAAUACUGAAGUGUACCAUUAUAUACACACGCAUAGCCUCAGCAUCAUUCGUUUUGUUUCGUUUGAAUUUAUACAGCCUUAUUAAUGUUCAAAAUUUCUGUAUUCUGCAUCUGGUCAAUUGUUAAGAAUGCUUUUUGUGCUUUUGGGACGUAAUCGAGGUUUUGAUUCUAAGGAAAAGAAUUGACUGCUCUUUUCGCUCACCCCGCGAAGUUUCGUUCAAGAGAAGUAGCCAGGAUUUAAUAAUACUACCAGCGAGUAUAAGCAAAAGUUAUACAGUGGUAAUUUUUAAAUAUUCCCAGUGUGGCGUGUUCAAUAUAAAGACUUGGUGUGAAAACUGGACCAUGUAGCUUAGUUGGUUAGAAUCGGACCGCCGCAGGUCCGAUUCCUACCGGACGGGGGGGGGGGGGAUAAAGGGGUUGGCAACUCCUCCUUGUUAGGUCUAAUAAAUGUAUAUAAAAAUUACGUUAUAAACAACAUAUACUGUAUAAAUCGCUGAGUCAUAUGUAUUGCUGUAUUGCAGGAUGCCCCGAUAUUCCCGUAUUUAAAAUAUGUGAGGUUUUUCAAGUUUCUGCACAGUUGCAGUUAGCGAGGAUUUUCAGUAUAUUAAAUUAAUAAUUUCUUUAGCUUCGUCAAGAAGGCCGGGUAGCUAACGUUGCAGAUGUUGUAAGCCGAGGUCAGAAAGUCAAAGUGAAAGUUUUGUCUAUGACUGGCACGAAAAUUAGCCUGAGUAUGAAGG